GCCGAGAAAAAACAAUUUUACGGGACACACAGAAUUCAAAGUUUGUGUAAUCAAAAAACGUUUGAGCUUCAACUGCCAAAGAAAAUAAUAAUUUUCCCACGAUAUUCGUACAUACAUACUAUAUGUAUAUCGAUAUUCGACCAUUCGAAAUUCGCGGUUGUUCUUGCUUAGUAACACAAACACACAAAAGAGAGCGUUAGCAAUGAAGAUCAAUUUGGAUUUGAAGAAGUUGGUGGCCAUGCUUCUGGCCAUCAUUACGGUCUCGCUGAUAUCCACAAUACUAUUGGGCAAGAGUAUACACACACAAAACUUUGACACAACCGUCGCCGACGAGGACACCGAAACAUUUGUGAUGGGCCAAACGGAUCUGGAUGUGCUCAAGGUGGAACGAAGAUAUGAUUUCGGUUUACCCCUGCAGGGCGGUCCGCGCAGGGACUGGCACGAUCGGGUGGCCAUGGAGGCAGAUAAUGCAAAAAAUGGGCUGGGCGAGCAAGGAUUAUCCGCCUCCAACGAAGACAUCAAAGAGAACGAAGCGGUGGAUACGGAGAGCAUUAAGUAUGGCUUCAACGUGCUGCUCUCCGAUAAGAUAUCAGUGAAUCGCUCAAUCUCGGACACACGACCGUUUCAGUGCUAUUCCCGCAAGUAUUUGGCAAACUUGCCCAAUGUAUCCGUCAUCAUGGUGUUUCACAAUACGCACUUGAGUGUCCUGCUGCGGUCCAUCCACAGCAUUAUUAAUCGCACUCCACACGAACUGCUACAUGAGAUUAUUCUCGUAGAUGAUGGGAGUACCGAUCACGAAUUAAAACAAAAGCUGGACGAGUACGUACACCAGCACAUGUCAAAUAAAGUCUCCGUUAAAAGACAACCAGUGCGGACUGGCGUGGCUGCCGCACGCGUGGCGGGAGUCACCUCAGCCACUGGCAGCGUCGUCGUCUUCUGUGACGCUCUCAUUGAGGUCAUCUACAAUUGGCUUCCUCCCUUGAUUGAACCCAUUGUCAUCCAUUACAAGAUCGUCACCAGUCCCAUUCUGGAUAAAAUCGAUAACAUGAACUUUUCCUUCAAAAGGAGCGAUCCAAUGCUAUGGCGUGGUGGCUUCAAUUGGCACUUGGCCUUCAAUCAGCUGCCUGUGCUCCCCGAGGACAACAAGGGCGAGUCACAGCCCUAUCGCAAUCCUGUGAUGGAAGGCACGGUCUUUGCCAUCUCCAGGAAGUACUUCUGGGAGCUGGGCGGCUACGAUGAAGGGCUGGACGCAGGUGGCGGGGAGCAGUACGAGAUGAGCUUCAAGAUCUGGAUGUGCGGUGGCAUGUUGCUGCAAGUUCCCUGUUCCCGAGUGGCACACAUAGUCAUGGCGCACAAAGGGCCAACAGAUACUCUACAACGUCAACCCGUAAAAUCCAUACAACAAGAACUCGAUAAUUUGGCGCGGAACUACAAGCGAGUGGCUGAGGUCUGGAUGGAUGGGUACAGACACUACUUGUAUUCGCAUGAUCCCAACAGGUACCACAUCAGUGCCGGCAAUGUGACGCAUCAGAAGGAAAUUCGCCAGAAGCUCGGGUGCAAGAGUUUCGACUGGUACAUGCACGAAGUGGCCCCGGACUUUCUGGAGCGGUUCCCGCUGGUGGAGCCACGUGGCUAUGGGUCAGGAGCAAUACAGAGUGUGGCCUAUCCCGGCUUCUGCGUCGACGCCUUGGCCGAGGGAUUCCGAAAGCCGGUGGGCAUGCGGCAGUGUAGCGCAAAUCUUACCCAUCCACAGCCCACCCAGUUCUGGAGGCUUACACGUGAACUGGAGAUUGUUUGCGUGGAUAAUUUGAACUGCCUGCAGGUGCGUGGCGUGGCGCCAAACGCCACAGUGUGGCUGCAACACUGCCACAAGGGGGACAACCAGGUCUGGUAUUACAGCAGUCACAGCAAGUGGCUUCAGCAGAGCAGCAAGAUGAAUCGCUGCUUGGAGGCCUUUAUAGAUGGAAGCAAGGCGUUCGUUCGCGUCAAUCACUGCUUUCCCGAGAGCAAGAGCCAGCGUUGGCAGAUCGGUUGGACUAAUCGGUAUAUGGAUACAAUGUUUCGUACCAACAGUACAAUGAAAAAGCGAAUGUUGUCAAUUUUCUAAUUUGAAAUUUAAAAAUGAUUGCAAAUAAAAUUCCUAUCGAUGGAAAGAAUAUCAACUGUAA